AUGCAAGAGCCCGCUUCUGAACCAAAAACUAUUACACUAACGCUGUUCAUGAACCGUCCACCACGAAUCAAUGUCACCUACAAAGACAAACACGACUUAUUCAAGACUUUCAAGAACAAAGCACAGGAGCUCGGCAUCUCAUCCGGUACUAUAUUCUGGAUCGACGAGAAUGGCGCACCUGUGCGAAUGAACAGCGCCGAUCUUCUCAUGGAUGCAGCCCUCGAAUCGCCAAUGGUGCCUUUGUACGUCUACGAUAUGGGUGAUGAAGUUUCGUGUUCCUGUUAUGAUAACCUUACUGCGUGCCAGCGAAAGCUGAAAGGAGAAGCUGCCGCGGAUGUCGAUCCCAUUCAAGAGAUCAUUCCAGUAGCGGGAGCCACUCUCAUGGCCACCGUAGACACCAUUCGGGAGGUCAGUCCAGAAGCCGUGACCAAUCCUAUGAAUGUCAUCACCACCAUCAUCAUCAUUCCGGAGACCGUUCUCGUGGAUGUCAUCACCAUCAUCAUCAUCAUUCCGGGGGUCGAUCCAGAAGCCGUAGUCACUCUCAUGGAUGUCAUCACCAUCAUCAUCAUCGUCCCGGAGGACGCUCCAGAAGCCGUGGCCACUCCCAUGGACGCCGUCGACAUCAUUCUGGAUGCCGUCCCAGAAGUCGUAGUCAUUCCCCUAGACGUCAUCGACAACACUCGGGAAGUUGCUCCAGAAGCCCCAUACACUCUCACGGGCGUCGUCGGCCACAUUCAGGAGGUCGCUCAAGAAGUCGUGGUCAUUCUCAUGGCAGACAUGGUCAUUCGGGGUGCCAUCCCAGACGCCGCAGCCAUUCUCAUGGGCGAUCUAGAUCUCGUAGCCAUUCCCAUGGACGUCAUCGUCACCACUCCGGGGGACGCUCUAGAAGCCGAAGUCCUUCCCAUGGGGGCCACCACUCUAGAAGUCGCAGCCCUCCCCAUAGACGUCAUCGCCAUCAUUCACGAAGCCGCUCUCGGAGCCCUGGACAUUCCCCAGGGCGCCGCUUGUCCUCACUCAAGAAGCCGAUCCAGAAGUCUCAGCCCUUCUCAUGGACAUCAUCGUCAUCAUUCAAGAAGCCGCUCCAGAGUCCUGAACAUUCUCCUGGCCGCCAUCGUCGCCAUUCAAGAAGCCGCUCUAGGAGUCCUGGACAUUCUCCAGGGCGCCGUUGCCCUCAUUCAAGAAGCCACUCCAGAAGUCGCAGCCCUUCUCACAGACGUGAUCGGCACCAUUCAAGAAGCCGCUCUAGAAGUCCUGGACACUCUCCUGGGCGUCAUCAUCACCGUUCAAGAAGCCGCUCUGGAAGCCCUGACCAUUCUUCUGGAGGGCAUCACCAGCAUUCUAAGGAUGCAUCGAGAAACCGUACGUCCUCUUGUGGGCGUCAUGGAAGUUAUUCGGGAGAACGCUGUCAAAGCUGUGACCGCUCUCGUCGAUGCCACCAUCGCAAUAUGGGCCAGUACCUUAGAACGAGUGGUCAUUGUCGUGGACGCUAUGGAUUUCACGCAAAUCACCACACCUUCACCAGAUAUGGUCCUUUUCAUUAAUCUCUCUGUUUCCCCUUGA